AUGGCAGCCAACGACACCGAGCAAGCCAUCGUCGACUCGGUCCAAAACUACCCACGCCCUGCGGAAGUCGACAAGUUCACAUAUGGCACCGCUGGCUUCCGCACCAAGGGCGACUGGCUGGAUCAUGUCAUGUUCGGCAUGGGCCUGCUCGCUGGUCUUCGAUCUCGCAAGCUCAAUGGCCAAACGAUAGGAGUCAUGAUCACCGCCUCCCACAACAAGGCUGAAGACAACGGCGUGAAGCUGGUCGACCCAAUGGGCGAGAUGUUGGAGCAAGAUUGGGAGAAGUGGGCUACACAUAUUGUCAACGGAGCCACACCCGAGGACACAAUGAAGGCCUAUCGAGAGGUGGUGGAGCAAUUCAAAAUCCCUCAGGACAAGCCAGCACACGUCAUCUAUGCUCGGGAUACGAGACCCUCAGGCGCGCGGCUGGUGAAGGCAUUGGAGGCCGGACUCAAGGCUACCAACGUGGACUAUAAGGACUUUGGCAUCCUCACGACCCCGCAGUUGCAUUACCUCGUUCGCGCUACCAACACCCAGAAUGACAAGAAUCCAUAUGGCGAGAUUUCCGAGGCUGGCUACUACAAGAAGCUGGCUGCUGCCUUCAAGACUGUCAUGAAGAACACAAAGGCGACAAGUCCAGUGACGGUAGACUGUGCGAAUGGUGUGGGUGCUCCAAAAUUGAAGGAGCUCCUCAAAUAUCUACCAUCGGAAGAUGAGACUGGGUUGAGGAUUACGAUCAAGAAUGACGAGAUCGAAAAGGCCGAGGUGCUGAACAAGGACUGUGGUGCCGAUUUUGUCAAGACACAGCAGAAGGUCCCAGCAGGUUUCACUGGCAAGCCUUACGAACGUUGGGCUUCCUUCGACGGGGACGCAGAUCGCAUCGUAUAUUAUUUCAACGAAGAUGGCAGCAUCUUCCGCCUUUUGGACGGAGACCGAAUUGCUACUCUAGCUGCAUCAUUCCUUGGCGAACUAGUUGACAAGUCCGGCUUGUCUGACAAGAUCAAGGUUGGUGUCGUGCAGACUGCGUACGCCAAUGGUGCUAGCUCAAAGUACAUUCAAGAACGCCUCAAGCUCAAGUCCGAGUUCACUCCAACUGGUGUGAAGCAUCUCCACCACGCCGCAGCACGUUACGACAUUGGUGUCUACUUUGAAGCAAAUGGUCAUGGUACCGUUCUGUUCUCCAACAACGCUCUUCGAACGAUUUGGAAGCAGCAACCGGAAUCUCCCGCACAGCUUGAGAGUCUCGAGGCUCUACGCGGUACUACAGACCUCAUCAACCAGACCGUGGGGGAUGCAAUCUCAGACUUCCUGCUCGUCGAGGCAAUUCUCGCCCACAAGGAAUACACGGUCAAGGAGUGGCUAGCCACGUACACUGACAUGCCGAACAAGCUCGCCAAGCAGGUGGUCAAGCGUCGAGACGAUUACAAGACCGUGCCUGGCACAGCCGAGCAGAAGCUUCAAAGUCCAGAAGGCUUACAAGAGUCGAUCGAUGCCGAAGUUGCCAAGUACAAGAACGGCCGCUGCUUCGUACGCGCUUCAGGAACGGAAGAUGCAGUUCGGAUCUAUGGUGAAGCAUCGGAUGCGUACGACGUGGAUCACAUGAUGGAAAAGAUUGCGGGACUGAUUAAGAUCAAGUCUGGUCAGGGCUCUUAG